AUGCAGAACCUAACCAACCACGGCCAAAGCUUCGAGGCUGACUCCACCAUCUGCAGUUGCGCGGAGAAGGAAAAGCAGCCCAACAUCCCCGGCGCGCCGCAAUCGCUGAUCCCGGCAGCACAAGGGCGCGAGUCCGCCUCCAGCCGCAUCUCCAUCCGGGUAGCUGCGGAGGGGAGGCUCGGCUACUUCCCGCCCGGCUCCGGAGCUCCUCCGAGUAGGGGGACGGUAGCCGCAGAGGCGGACGCGCAGGGCCCCCUUCUGGGGACCGCCGGUGCGCGAACGCUUCAGGCUUCGGGGAGCCCUAAUCUCGACGCAACCCCGACAGAAGACGCGCAGCGGCGUUUCGUAAUCAAAGGUGGACUUUUUCUUGCUACAGUUGCUACUGCAGGAAUGCUAGCAGGUUUUGGUAUGACACUUGCCAUGACGAAAAAGAAAAGCCCCAAUUGGUUCAAUAAGGGUGUAAUUGCCACAGCAGCUUUGCCUGAAAGUGGCUCCUCCCUUGCUUUACGGGCCCUUGGAUGGGGUUCACUCUAUGCCUGGAGUGGAGUGGCAUUGAUCAGUUUUACUAUCUGGAAGGCUUUGGGUGUUCACAAUAUGAAUGAAUUUCGGAACAAAAUGCAAUCAUUAUUUCCAUCAGUUCCAAAAACUGCAGUAAAUUCUGUUGAAUGGGAGGAUGUUUGGAAAUCCAAGUGAACACUAUAUGGAGGAAUUUGUACUAAGCCUUAUAAAGUACAGAGGAAUGAAAAUAUACCUAUUCGUAAUGGUAUGCAGUCAGUAGUAUCAACACUGCCCCCUUAGUUUUCCAGGCAAGGGUCAAUUUUACUCUUAGUGGUUUUGACUUCAGUGGUGAUAAGUGCAGAAAAAGGUUAAAAAGUGCAUGAAGCUUGGUUUGAAAAAGCAUGCUCAGUAUGUUGCAGUAAAACAAAGAGACUAACCCUGAAGGAUGAGUUGUUGACCAAGUUAAUGGGUAAUAGUAACCUUAUGUUAUUCUCUCCAACACUGAUUCAUAGUGGUUUUUACAAGAAGGUAUCAACCAUUAAAGCAGACUGAACACAUUGAACAAUGUGAAAAAUUUAAUAGACAAAUAAAGUGAUUGUUAUUAAACCUUA